UGUCAAAUGAGCGUGAGGGAUGCAGGGUACCGGUGCGAAAAGUAAAAAUAAUAUUUAAGUAUGAUAAAUGAUACAGUACUUACGUUAUGUUGACAGAGUGUGAAGUUACAUUUGUGUUUAUGUGACCAUAAAGUUUUAUCCGUUGGUUAACUUUCAAGAGGAGAGCUUCAUGGGAUAGAAAACUGUCACUUUUCAAAACAGUGACAAAGCUUAUGGAGGGACUGAAUUAUUGUUAAAUUUGUGUAGAUCGAGGUAAAAACAUUGUACAAGAAUGGUGACGUUACUGUGUUUAUCAUGGGAUGACAUCUUAAUCCCUAGAGUGUUGACGGAUUUAUCCUUGAAAGACUGCUUUAAUUUGAGGUGUGUUUGUAGAUGUUCAAAAGAACUAGUAGAUUAUUAUUUUGCGAAGAUCAAACGUGUUGAUCUCGUUCCAUACAGGAAUUUCACGCCAGCAGCAUUUAGUGUCUUAAGUUCAAAGUGUAACAACAUCAGGUUCCUAAAUCUAAGUAACUGUAAGUGGCUGUCCGACGAAAUGCUACAAUCAUUACUGUUGAACAAUGUGCGCAUUGAGUACAUAAAUCUCAGUGGUUGUCUGGGACUAACCAGUGCGUGCUUGCAGCCUCUUAUUGUUUGUGGCACUGCACUGAAAAGUCUCAAAGUUCGAAACUGCCAUUGGAUGACUGUUGGAUGUCUUGAAGCAAUUUCAUUUCACCAAAGCAGUUUGGAAGAAGCUGACCUGACUUCAUGUUGGGAUUUGGGAGAUAGUAGCCUUGAAACAUUUGUCAGAAAAUUUGACAGAUUGAGAAUUUUGUGCAUCUCCAAUAUUUACUCUGUCACAAAUAGAACAAUGUUUGCUAUUGCUGCAAAUUGUCGCUGGCUACAACACUUGAAUGUCCAAGGUUGCUGGAGAAUAACUGAUGAUGGUAUCAGAGUGGUUGGUGAAUACUGCCGUAACUUGGAAUCCCUCCUUGUCAACGAUUGCCGUUCUGUCAGUGAAAGGAGUUUAGGUAAUCUACGUACCAGGAUGUUUAUUGAUAGGCCCAGGUAUCAAAUUGUUCCAAUAAGAAGUCUCAAUUUACAGGUGUAACUUACCUGGCUUCUAAGAUGUGAAAUAAUGACUUCAAAUGAGUACUCUGUGAAAGGUUAUUAAUUUAUAUUAGUGUUGCUCAAUGCUAUAGCUCCCAGGAAAAUGUAUUACAUUGACUUUUGAGAGAUGCCUGUCUGCCUUCAUGAUCAUUGUGUGAAAUGAUCAAAUCUGUAACCUAAGAGUUGUAACUGCAAGGAAUUAGUUCCUGUGUGUUUCAUCAAGUAAGAAAGACAAACUAUCGGAAAGUAACAUCCACACGAUGCAGGUUUAUUUAUACUUCAUUUCGAUAUCAUAAAGUAAUAUGACAUGAAGACAGCAAGCUGCUUUAUUGCUGAUGGAAAGAAGCCAUUGCUGCUUUCUGAAAAAAAAAGUAUUUAAUAUGAGAUCUGAAAUGGUUUUUCAUAGCAAUAGAGUACACAGUUAGCUGUUUAGUCCAUGGCAAUGACUGCACAAAAAAUAUUACCACAUUUCUUGUAAGAUUACACUUUUCUUUUUCAUUGUAAAUCCAAUUCAAGAUGUUAGUAUUACAUGGUGAUUUAUUUGUGUCUUUUGUUUUUAGGCUGUGAUUGUGACUGAAAUAAUCUUGUGUGUAACUGCCAUUAGUUUGUACAAAUUGGAGUAGCAGACUAUUCUGAUUCAUUUAUAGCUACAGUUACACAUAAAGUGCACUGCUAGCAAGCUGUUACUAGCUAGUGAUAGAUUCAAGUAAGAGGUCAUGUAUUUUUUUUCCAUAUUGAUUAUCCUGUCAAGCAAUUGUGGUGAUCCAUUAGUGUUGAAAGCAGAAUCAGAGGAAUAUAAAAUAGCAUAAUGCCGCAGUAGUACAUAGAGUAUUGUCUUGAGAACUGUGGAUGAUACUGGAAAUGUAGAUUGGUUUUCAUGCAUGACCAUGAUGCCAUAUGAGUUACCAUGGAUUUCAGUUUUGGUUCUGACAGCUUAAUUUGAAUAUAAAUGGCUCUUGAAAAAUGUAGACUGUCCAUACAGUAUGUAGUUUCUCAUACUGUCGAAAGAAUGGUUUAUCUGUUUUGCCAUAUCUGUAAAAUCAAAGACAAUAAGAAUGAUGUCCAGCAGAAGAAAUAAAUAUAUAAUUGAAGUUUU